AUGGACCCCUUCGCCACCGACUCUGAACUCCUCAACAUCCAUACCGCCUUCACACAAUCUCAAUACUCCACCGUCCUCUCCGACUUCUCCCCCGCCGACUUCUCCCCCUCCAACCGCCUUCCCGCCCAAAUUCUACAGUACCGCGCCCAAUGCGCCCUUGGCCAGUCCUCGGAGGUCCUAUCCUCCAUCUCCGAGUCUGACGCCCGCGCCACGCCCGAUCUGGCCGCAAUGCGAGCUUUCGCACGUUUCUGCCAGAACCCUGAAAGAAGUGAAGACGCGGUCACGGAAGCCGAGAGACUGGCGGAACGGUACGGGGGUGAGAAUCUACAUGUGCAGCUAUUAUGUGGCAUAAUCCUUGCCCGCACACCAGGGAAGUCAGACGCGGCGUUGCAACUCCUCUCGAAGCACCAAGGCAGCCUCGACGCAGUGGCACUAAUGGUGCAAAUUCACCUCACCCAGAACCGCACCGACCUGGCGGUCAAAGAGGCGCAAUCCGCGCGCUCGUUCGCCCAAGAUGCACUCCUUGUCAACCUAGCCGAAAGUUGGAUCGGGAUGCGCAAGGGCGGACAAGACGAGUACCAGAAAGCCUUUUACGUGUUUGAGGAACUCGCGCAGGCGCCCGGGUCAAGGAGUGUGGGGAGUCUUGUUGCGCAGGCGGUCAGCGAGAUCCAUUUGGGACGGUUGGAGGAGGCGGAGGUGGGUUUAGAGGCUGCUGUGGGGAUGGAGGGGCAGGGGGAGGAGGUAUUGGCGGAGGCGUGGGCGAAUAAGGCCGUGCUGGAUGCGGCGCUGGGGAGGACUACGGGUGAGAGCGUGGCGAAGCUGAAGAGUCUGAAGGCGGGACACGAGUUGUUGGCUGAUAUGGAUGCGAAGAGGGAGGCUUUCAGGGCGGCCGCGGCGAAGUAUAGU